GGUUAUGUUCUUAGCCAAUUAACUUUAAAAAGUGCUUUGCUGUUGCACCUCCCCUUCAGGGCAAUAGCUUCAAAAGAUUUUUUGUACUUAUCUUCCAGUUUCGUUGCAAUAUAUUUCAGUUCGUUGAAUGGUAUAGUUCUUGAACGAAUUUAACCCAUAAAAAUACGGGACUUACAAAUUCAGAAACGAGUACGCUUUCUGAUCGUGGGAUCCAUUUCGCCGGAAGGUGGAAAAAUUUUCCCUUAGUGAUCAAAGCUCUUUAUGCAAAGAAAUUAUUAUUCCCUUCUUAUUCAAAGAUUUAUCCGACCCCUAAAAUUUUCCUGCAUGUCUGCUAGUUCAGGCAAAAGGAAAGUGAAGAAUCCACGGAUUUCAAAAGUAUCACUUCCUACAGUUCCAUUAGUACAAAAAAAACGAAAGUUUGCUGAAUUUGUCGAAAACCCAAUUAUAAUGGACAAAGCUGAAGGAGAAAAAAAAUCAUGCAUUGGAAAAGUUGUUUACUUGGCCAACCCUGUGAAAUCACAAAAUGACAAGAAAGAAUACAGGACACUGCUACUGCCUAAUGGAAUGAGAGUUUUACUCAUUUCUGAUCCUAAUAUCAGUGAAACUGAGCCUGAUCUUGAUUCAUCAAAGGGAGUUGAUAACAUGGCGUACAGUUCAGCAGAGGAAGAAGAGUCCGAAGCAGAGGGGAGCGAUGAAGAAGGCGAAAAUGAUGAUUGCGGUGAAGAGGAAGAUGGUAGUGAGGGUGAAACGGACGAAGAAUCCGAGCCGGACCCAGACUCAACGGAAUCCAAUGGCCGCGACAGUGGUUUGACGCGAAAAUCAAAGCAACUAAGCAAGGAUGGCGAGCGUAUGGCAGCUGCUGCGCUAUGCGUUAACAUUGGCAGUUUUUCUGACCCCCCUGAUUUGCCUGGCUUGGCCCAUUUUCUUGAACAUAUGGUUUUCAUGGGUUCAAAAAAAUAUCCGAUUGAAAAUGCCUUUGAUGAAUUUCUUAAGACAUAUGGUGGAAGUUCGAAUGCUUCAACUGAUUACGAAACCACUACGUUUGAAUUCGAAAUCCACCAGCGCUACUUCCACCAGGCUUUGGCAAUAUUUGCUGAAUUUUUUGCUUCUCCUCUACUUUUACCUUGCAGCAUGAAGCGCGAAAAAGAAGCCAUUGAUAGUGAGUUCCAGAUGGCUUUACCUUCAGACUCUUGUCGAAAGCAGCAAUUAUUUGCUAGUUUAGCGAAAGAUGGACACCCAAUGACAAAUUUUACGUGGGGAAAUUCUUCCACGUUGAAUUUGGCUGGAGAUCCAGAAGGCGUGAAACUAAAUCAGCGACUUCGCUUGUUCUGGCAAGAACAUUACACCGCAGAUCGAAUGACCUUGGUGUUGCAAUCAAAGCAUGAUUUGAAUCAGCUUGAAGAAUGGGCAACAUCCAUAUUUCAAGGAAUCCCCUCAAUCAGUGACCAACCUGCCAUUCCUCCGAGCUUUAAAGAAUUAGGUUUUCCUUUCGAUACACUCCGUUUCAAGAGAGUGAUUAAAAUAGUACCAGUGAAAGAUGUGCAUCAGCUGUGUUUGUCAUGGGCAUUACCUUCUCAAUUGGAGCAUUAUCGCGUCAAACCAUUGGGUUAUAUUUCUUGGCUGAUUGGGCACGAAGGGCGAGGUAGCUUGUUGGCGUAUUUAAGGCAAAAAGUAUGGGCUUUGGACCUGGCAAGUGGAAAUGACGAAAGUGGUUCUGAUCACAACUCGACCUACGCAUUAUUCAGCAUCAACAUAAGUUUGACUGAACGAGGCAUGGCGGAAAUCGAACAGGUUAUCGGUGCGGUUUUCCAGUACAUAAACAUGUUAAAGAUUCAAGGACCUGAUGAACGCAUCUGGCGAGAGAUUCAGACUAUCGAAGACCUUAGUUUUCGUUAUGCAGAGGACAGUCCUCCAGUAGAAAAUGUCGAAGCGCUAAGCGAGCACAUGCAUAAAUAUUCCCCUGUCGACUAUAUCACUGGAGAUACCCUCGUAUUUGAUUUUUAUCCUGAUGUCAUUUCUAAAUGCAUAAACGCCCUUCAGAUGGAUAACGUUAAUAUCAUGAUAUUAUCAAAGGAUUUUGAAAGCUUAAACAUCUGUAACCAGGUUGAACCGUGGUUUCAAACCCGCUAUGAAGCCAAAGACAUUCCGGAUGAGUGGAAGCAGAAGUGGUCCAAGAUAGUAGAAGAAGAAUCACCGUUUGCAAUUCCCGAUCCAAAUCCAUUCUUGGCUUCAGAUUUUUCACUUCUUGAACCCCCUUCAGCCACUACCGUAAGUUCCGUCCCAGCCAAGGUUGACUGCUUUGAGAGUGGCUUCUUCUUAUGGUACCGCCCUGACAGUAAAUUCCGCAUCCCAAAAGCAGUUUUGAACUUUUAUCUCGUGACACCCAUAGCUGUCGAUUCUGCCCGAAAUGCGGUUCUCUUGGAGCUACUAGCAAAAAUGCUUAAGCACCAACUAAUGGAAAAAGUGUAUGAUGCAUUGGUAGCCCAGCUGGAACUCGCUAUUCAUCACUAUGACAGAGGUCUAGUCAUUAAAGUUUCAGGAUUCAACCACAAACUUCACUUGUUGAUCAGUGCAGUUGUAGAGCAGUUUGUGAAGUUUGAACAGAACGUUGUAGUGGAGGUUUUCGAUGCAUUACGGGGGCAACAAGAAAAAGCGUACCGAAACUUUUGUAUCAAGCCUACUAAACUCGUUACGGAUGCACGUCUUGCCUUACUACACACAACUCAUUGGUCGAUAUUGGAAAAGUCGGAAGCAGUGAAGAGUCUGACCUUAAACGACCUGAAGCUCUUUUCGACACGGCUAAAGGAGAGCUUUGAUUUGAAGUGUCUCGUUCAAGGAAAUUAUUCUAAAGAACAAGCAUUGGAAGUGGCGCUCGAUUUCAAAACGAAGUUGCAAGAGAAAGGACGAUUGGACGAUCAUGCAUUACCUCCUAUCAGAAUAUGCCAAGUACCCCUGGGAAAUAAAUACUGCCGAAUUGCAAGUUUCCAUCCGUCUGAUUUCAAUUCAGUAGCUGUAAGCUACUAUCAAGUUGGGCCCACAAAUAUGCGCCAGACUGCAGUUAUGGAGAUUCUCGUCAAUCUUAUGGAAGAACCUGUUUUUGAUAUUCUACGGACUCGCGAACAAUUAGGAUAUAAUGUGUAUGCCACUCUUCGGAACACUUUCGGAGUUCUGGGAUUUUCAAUUACCGUCGAUUUUCAAGCAGACAAGUUCAGUGCUUCACAUGUGGAUGAAAGGAUAGAGGCGUUUUUGAACCAAUUCAACCUCAACUUGAAGGCUAUGACAGAAGAUGAUCUACAAACUCGAGUGCAAUCUCUCAUCAAACUAAAGCAAGUUCCAGAUGUGUCACUUGACGAAGAAGUAUCACGUAACUGGAACGAAAUCCUUAGCGAGGAAUAUCUAUUUGAUCGUUUGCAGCAAGAAAUCGAACAAUUGCCGUUGGUGAGCUUGGAUGAAAUUCGUUCUUUCUUCCAGCAGUAUGGCUUGGCGUUUAAAGGUUCUGAACGAAGGAAGUUGUCGAUGCAGGUUAUUGGCAAUAGCAAACAAAACGAGGACCACAGUCUGGAAGAGGAUAGCAAGACUAAAUUACGCUUCUUGGCUGAAGAUGGCAAGGAAGUUGACUUCAUUCACGAUUUGAGUGAACUACGUCGGACGUCGGUAAUAUUUCCACCCCUGAAGACUUUUAAUGGUUUACCACCCACCGCAAAUGUCUAGUAAAUCAGAAAUGGAUAAAUUUUAUUCGAUCCAGUACACAGUGGGCCGAAG